CCUUUCAACGCUGUAUCCACAUGCCUGAAGCAGCAGAGCGUUGAUGUGCUCCCUCGCUUCUCAACUCCCCGAGACUGACUAAAUAGUUGCAUGCUCUAAUCUCAUUCCUGCUUUCAUCCUCUCACCUGCAAAGGAAACCUUGUUUAUGAUUCCCAACCGGAUCACACACUGACCUAUUUAAAAACAUGUUGGGGAUUUUGUUUUUUGCAACGUUGAUCCCAUCAAUAUCAACACAGGAGACUGAUGAGACCAUAACAUAUACGCAAUGUACUGAUGGUUAUGAGUGGGACCCGUUAAGGCAGCAAUGCAAAGAUAUUGAUGAAUGUGGAAUAAUGCAAGAGCCUUGCAAGGGAGGAAUGAAAUGUGUCAACCAUUAUGGAGGAUACCUUUGUCUACCGAGAACUGCACAAAUUUUGUUAAAUAAUGGCCAAGAAGACACAGUUGUCUCACAGAACUCAGGAUCUCAACAAAGCACUGGUCAAAAUGUCUAUGUGGAAAGACCUAAUAGCCCUCCAGAUCCACCACGCAAUGUGCCCGGCACAGUUCAGUUUAUGCAGUGUGCAUCUGGCUAUGAACUAAAUGCACAAAACAUGUGUCAAGACAUAGAUGAAUGUCUAACUGGAACCCACAAUUGCAGAGCAGAUCAAGUGUGCACCAAUGUAAGAGGAUCAUUCACUUGUCUAUGUCCCAGAGGAUAUCAGAAACGAGGAGAACAAUGUAUUGACAUCGAUGAAUGUUCAAUAUCUUCAUUUUGUCACCAUCACUGUGUGAACACACUUGGUUCAUAUUACUGCCAGUGUAACCCCGGUUUUCAGCUUGCUCCUAAUAAUUACAGCUGUGUAGAUGUUGAUGAAUGUAGCACCAGUAGCCCCUGCGCACAAGAAUGCUACAAUAUGAUUGGCUCAUAUGUCUGUCAGUGUAAUCCAGGCUAUGAACUUAGCAGAGACAGAGUAAACUGUGAAGAUAUCGAUGAAUGCAGAACAUCCAGCUACUUGUGUCAGUAUCAAUGUGUUAAUGAGCCUGGAAGAUUCUCUUGUGUAUGCCCAGAAGGAUAUCAACUAGUUGGAACACGAUCAUGUCAAGACAUAAAUGAAUGUGAAAGUAACACACAUGAUUGUGCUGAAGAUGCCAUGUGUUGGAAUUAUUUUGGUGGAUUCCGAUGUUACCCAGCAAACCCCUGCCAAGACCCCUAUGUUCGUAUGUCAGAUAACCGCUGUGUCUGUGCCGUCACAAAUCCUCUUUGCCGCGAUCAACCAUACAGCAUUGUCUACAAAUACAUGAGCAUCAGAUCCAACCGAGCCGUACCUUCUGACAUCUUCCAAGUUCAGGCUACAUUAAUAUAUUCUAAUACUAUCAACACUUUCAGGAUUAAAUCUGGAAAUGAAAACGGAGACUUCUUCUUACGGCAUACAGGUCCAGUGAGUGCAAUGCUUGUUCUGAUCAGACCACUAACUGGACCAAGAGAAUACAUUGUUGACCUGGAAAUGGUGACUGUUAACAGCUUAAUGAACUACCGUUCAAGUUCCAUUUUACGACUUACUGUAAUAGUUGGCCCAUAUGCAUUCUAGUAACUUCACAAUAACACUGGAAGCCGCAACAUACUUCACUCUACAUAACCUUACCUUUUAUUUAUAGAUGUUUCUUUUGUUAUUCACAUUGUAUACAUAGACCACUCACAUCUUUUUGUAAUUACAUUUCAAAUGCAUUGUGUUUUUGGUAAUUGUAUUCAUAGUAUACAGUGAGCGGAGGAAGGCUUUUUAUGAUCAGAAGAGUCACUUGGUCUUAUAUCUUAGUGGCAUCACUAAAUUCAAGGAAUCUAAAGACAUGUCAGCUUUCCUGUCCUUUUAAGUAAAUAUUUUUAUUUUCUAUUACAUAAUAAUAAUGUUGGAAGAUUUUGUCUUAAAACUCUACAUUGUGCCUUUCCUCUGAUAUUUCUUCUAGGAAUUUUACUUUGUCAGUAGGGUGUGUCUGAAAAGCCCAAGUCAGUGCUUUAUAGACACACUUCAUUGUCAAGAAUAAGGCCAUGUUCACACAUCAUUUAGUCAGGAUUAAGGAAUGUAAUCUGCACCUAAAUCCUGACAGAAUCCACUGAUAUUCCACUGUUUAUGAAAGUAAAUAAAGGAAUUUAUAAAAGAAAACUAAAUGUGCAGAGAAUAAUAAAAGCGCAGCAGAUUUUAAAAUCCUUAAAAUGUGAAUUUUUGUUGUGGAUUACACUGAAAAACCCAAUUUAAGGGUGCGUUCACACGCUCUUUGUUUUUGUGGGUUUUCCGCUGCAUAUUUGAAAGGGUGCAGGCUCUUCUCGGCUGUCCGCAGCAGAUUUUCCACAGAGGAAUUUACGCUGCGGACAAUCUGUUAUGGACUGCCGAGAAGAGCCCGCCCCUUUCAAACACGCAGCUGAAAACAUGCAAAAACAAAGAGCGUGUGAACGCACCCUAAAGGAGAACUUCUACUUAUUCACAGGAUAGCGGGUAAGUAGCUACUUUUGGGGGGUCUGACCGCUGAGACGCGGCGCUCAGUGAGGAGCACGUGCUGCAGACAGCACGCACUCAAUUCAUUUUUUAUGGGAGCACCAAAAAGACCCAAGUACAGCACUCGGGCAUCAUUGGUACUACCAUAGAAAUGAAUGAAGCACAUCUCAGAGAUCAGAGUGGGUCUUAGCAGUCGGACCCCCUGCAAUCAGCUACUUAUCCCCUAUCUUGUGGAAAGGGAAUAAGUUGACUUUUGCUGGAGUUCUCUUUUAAAUACAGUUUGUUCCAAAUGCUGUGAAGCGGAGUACCCCUUUAAGGCUAAUCUGCUGGCCUAUCUGCAUUGAGUAUUAUCUUUGGAUUUCUGCCACAGCUGAAAAUCCACUUGAAAAUCUGUGCUGUGUGAACAUGGCCUAUUGGUAACACCCAGUUGUGAAUAUAUUCAUACAAUUCCUGGAGGAAAACAGAGACAGUACAUCACAGAGUUCUAUAAAAUUUCAUAGGCAAUGCAAAUAUUUACUGCAACAGACAUGUCAAGAAGCUAACAGGUUUUCUUUAAUAAACUAUUUUCUUAAAGUUUAGCUUAGAGUAAUAAUACAUUAGACAUUUCCUUCUAUUAUCCACAUAUGCAAGAAUUUCAAACUCUACAACAAUUAUAUUUUGUUCAUACCAUGUAAAUAUAUUUCUAGUAGAUGUAUGUUAAAUUUAUUGUUUUUUCUUUGUCAUUGUGCUACUGUCGGCAUAGCCUUUAAUGAACAAUUAUUUUUCUUUGUUUAGUAUACUAACAAACGAGAACAUAAGAGAGCAGUUUUUAGGGUGCGUUCACACGCUAUUACUAGCGUCGGGUUUCACGCUGCGGGGAACCUGCUGCGAGUUACACUACCAUUGGUUUGGAUGGGUCCACAUAGUGUCAGAUUUGCGGACUGUCCGCGGACCCAUUUAAAUAAGUGGUAGCGUAACUCGCAGAAGGUUUCCCGCAGCUGAAAACUCGCUGCUAGCUACUAGCGUGUGAACUCACCCUUAGUGAGUUUUACAGUAAAGGGCCCUUUCUGAUUUCAAGGUAAAGAAUUAAAAUUCAAUUAUUGUGAUAUAUCAUGACAAAUGCAGCAUUCUUAUUAUUAUAUUCAUUGUCCCUAGCAAUUUAACUCUAAUACUCCUUGAUGCAACCUUUUCUUUUCUUUACAUUCUCAGAAUGCCGACAUUCAAAAACAACAAUUGGACUUACCUUCCGCAGCUCCCCUGCUGUCUUCGGUAUCCCGCUCACAGCCUCCGUUACAGAGUUUUUCCUGCUCCUAGUGGUCGACUUGAGCCCCAUAUUGAGCUCUGGCCCCAGUCUUCUUACUGGCUUGAUACAUCACCCUACCGCUCAGCCUAUCACCGGAACAACACUGCGGCCGGCGAUUAGCUGAGCCACAGUGUGAUAAGUCAACCACAAGAAACUGAAAGAAGACCGCAGCAGAGGCCGGGAGCGAGAUACCUAAGACACAAGGGACACAGUGGGGGUAAGGCCAAUUAUAGUUUUUUUAUGCCAGCAUUCUGGACAGCUAAAAAACUAAAUUGCAUCCAGGAGUAUGUUUUUGUGCGCCUCCUAAUAAUGUCAAUGAGGGUAACAGCAAUUUCUAAUAGAACUUUUUUUCCAGUUAAUCGGAAACAUUUUAAAGCAUACUGGGUGCGGUUAUGUAAUAGCAGACCUUCUGGUGAGCUAGACUGCUGUUUGUAACAAUGUAGCCUUAUCAGUUGUCUGUAUGGUGUGAUACAUGGUGAAUAGAAAAUUGAAGAAUGUCCAGCACAAAAGCACGAUGCAAGAAGAUGAUUUAUUGUGAAUUCACACAGCAAACAGCAACAUGGAUCAUGGAGUAGAGUGACGCGUUUCAGCAACCUUAUGGUGGUGAGCCGGACGACUUCCCUUUACUUGAUACAUGGUGAACAGCUGCUUUCUCACAAUAUUUUACCAUUUUAAACAAUGGCUACACCCUAUGUGAUAUACUAAUUUUAAAAAAUGGUUUCAGUAUUGACGUUAACAUAUUAAGAAGUGUUAAUAAUAAUUAUACACAUAAGUAUAACUGCAAACACAUCAAUCAUAGGUAGCAAAUGAAAUAACACCAUAGCUAUUAAGCCAAUACAUGUGGUGGAAGGAAAAGGAUUGACAGGAAUUAAGUCGGCAUUGCAUUGUGAAAUCAUAUAUACUUCAAAACGUCUACAUUUUUUUUUCCAGAAUUUUAAAAUGUGUUUUAUAUGUCUGUCCAAUACACAGGAAUAGAAAUACUUUGUAUUAUAUCUCGUGUGAUUUUUAUGAUUGCAUAUUAUUUCAUUAUUUUGUAGUCAUGUAUUAUCAGGGCAUUCUUACAUCUGUUAGUUUUCUUCUGUAAUGUACAAAGUUUUAUUAAAACAAAUGUUAA